AUGUCACAACAAUACCAAACACCCGGCACCCCUCGGAUCAUCUCUCCCACGCCCACACCCACCGAAAGUCACCGCGACAGCUACUUUGCCCCCAUAACACGCUCCGCCACCGCCAAAAGACACAACUCCCCCUCCCCCAUAUCCGAAGAUCCAGAACCCGACUCCCCUUCCUCAGACUCCAGCCUCGAAAAGCGCGCUCGAUCUCGCAGCCGGAGUCCGAAAACCCAAGCCAAACGACAAAAGGAAGCUGCAGCCUCGAAAGCGUCUCAACUUACGAAAAAGCCACCAGAUGGUGCGGUUUCUGAGGCCAACGGCCAUCUCUCUCCUUCCUCCGCCACUUCUGCAGACUCGUCCUACUGGCGCUCCAUAUCCCGGUCCCCCUCGCCCCUUGGUCUUAUCCCUAUUCACAGACACUGGCGCUCUUUCGUUCACCGGCAUGAAAUACCACGCAAAGCCCUACAUGUCUCCAUCGGCUUCUUCACACUCCAUCUCUACACACGCGGAACGUCCGCUGCAUCAAUACACCCAUGGCUGCUAGGUGCACUGAUACCCAUCGCCAGCGCCGACUAUGCGCGGCAUACCUUCCCAGCCUUCAACCGGUUCUAUAUCCGAGUGCUAGGGGCGCUGAUGAGGGAAAGUGAAGUAGAUGGAUACAAUGGCGUUAUAUGGUAUCUGCUAGGGGCAUGGACAGUGCUGCGGUUCUACCCCAAAGAUGUGGGCGUUAUGUCAGUGCUGUUGCUCAGCUGGUGUGACACGGCAGCUAGUACCUUUGGACGGCUAUGGGGGCGCUACACUCCGCGAUUACGACGGGAGAAGAGUCUAGCAGGAAGUACGGCGGCGGCAGUCGUGGGGGCGAUUACAGCGGUUGUGUUCUGGGGGUGGGCGGUGCCAACUUAUGGGCGUGGAGACGAGGGUUUCAUGUUCAAGGGACAGUUGGGACUUCCCAAGGCAGUGAAGGAUGCCAUUGGCUUGAAAGAAGCGCAGGGUGUGGUGGGUGGAUGGGUAGCAUUAGGAAUAGUGAGUCUCUGCAGCGGACUGAUUGCGAGCGCGAGCGAAGUCGUCGAUCUUUUUGGAUGGGAUGACAAUGUAACGAUUCCUGUACUAAGCGGGCUUGGCCUAUGGGGUUUCUUUAAAGUGUUUGGUUGA